AUGAUCUCCACGCUGUUUCGCAUGCUCCCUCCCUCAGGCAAAAUCACCAUUGACGGCGUCGACACGGCCUCCAUCUCGCUGACCGAGCUGCGCAACAAGCUCAGCAUCAUCCCCCAGGACCCGGUCAUCUUUGCGGGGCCGGUCAGGCGGAACAUUGACCCCUUCAACCAGCACACUGACAAGCGGCUGUGGGAGGUCCUGGAGGAGGUGCAGCUGAAGGGGGCGGUGAUGGAGCUGGCCGGGGGGCUCGACUCGGCCAUUGCAGAGGGCGGCGGCAAUCUCAGCGUUGGCAUGAAGCAACUCUUCUGCCUGGCGAGGGCCAUUCUCAAGGACAAUCGGAUACUGAUUCUCGAUGAGGCGACGGCCAAUGUCGAUCACAAAACUGACCUCUUCAUUCAGGACACGAUUCGCGACAAGUUUGCCCACUGCACCGUGCUCACCAUUGCCCACCGCCUGCACACCAUCAUGGACAGCGACCGCGUGCUGGUCCUCGACGCCGGUCGGCUGGUGGAGUUUGACGAGCCGCACACCCUCCUCCAGAAUGAGAGUGGCCUCUUCUCCAGCAUGGUGAAGAUGACGGGCAAGGCGAUGGCCAACAACCUGCGGGAGAUGGCCCGCAUUGCCAGCGAGAUGCGCCGCAACAAGGACCACCGGGCGGAGAAUGCCAAGGCGCAGCUCAGGGACCUGCAGGGCUCCUUUAUCAACUCGCCCGACCGAGCGGGAGCGGUGCCCCGGAAGAUUGAGGAGGGCAGUGACAGUGGCGCCGAGGAGGAUGAUGAUGAUAACGACGGGGAGCCCGCCACUGAGCU